GGCCGGAUCCGAUUUCUUAUCAGUUAUUCCUUAUCACUACGAACCGGUUGCUUUCUCUGACCCGUGUCAUGCUUCCAUGUGCUCUCCAAUUACCUUCAUUUGAUUUUUUUGAUUCACCGCCGGAGUUUAAUAAUUAAUUCAAGUUUAUAAGAAGUAAUAGUAGUGAUGUAUUUUAGUUGAUUCGUUUCGUUUCCUAGGAUCGAUAUUUCCAAUGGCAGUAGUUCUUCUGAGGCACGCCUGCAAGUGCAGGACGAAUAUUAAAUCCAAGCUGUUCAAAUGUGUGAAUAAGAAUCAAACCGGCGCAGCAACUAUAUCAACAUCAGUCAGCAAUAAUGUCUAUUUUAAACGUUUCAAAACCAAGGAAGCUACCGGACCAGUUAUUGGUAUCGAUCUGGGUACCACCAACUCCUGUGUCGCUGUUAUGGAAGGAAAACAGGCUAAAGUUGUCGAAAAUGCCGAAGCAUCUCAUACCACUCCUUCAGUUGUUGCAUUCACUAAAGGUUCGGUGGAUUUGUGGCAAUCCUACCCCGAGUAUACCUAUCCGGAUGGUCUAAGGUUGGUCGGUUCUUUUGCUAAGCGACUAGCUGUUACCAAUGCCCCUAACACGUUUUAUGCUACUAAGCGUCUGAUUGGAAGACGUUUCGAUGAUGCUGAGGUCAUCAACAUUAUGAAAUAUUUACGUUACAAAGUUACCAAAUCACCUGAAGGCGAUGCCUGGGUUGAAAGCGCUGAUGGAAAAACUUUCUCUCCUAGUCAGAUCGCAGCAUUUAUUUUAAGGAAAAUGAAAGAAUCCGCUGUAGCAUAUUUGAAUGAGCCCGUUAACGAUGCAGUCAUCGCUGUACCUGCUUAUUUCAAUGAUUCUCAGAGACAAGCUACGAAACAUGCUGGUCGACUUGCUGGAUUCAAUGUCGUGAGAGUGAUCGACGAACCUGCCGCAGCCGCUUUGGCUUACGGAAUUAAUAAGACUGAAGAUAAAGUUAUUGCAGUCUACGAUUUUGGCGGUGGUACUUUCGACGUAUCUGUAUGUGAAAUCCAGAAUGGAGUUUUCGAAGUGAAAUCUACCAAUGGUGAUUCGUUCUUAGGUGGUGAUGAUUUCGAUAAUGUUUUGGUUAACUACUGUGUAUCUAAAUUGAAAUCUGAUAAAGGAAUCGACGCCACAAAAGAUCAAAGGGUUAUGCAAAUAUUGAAGGUAGCUGCUGAAAAAGCUAAAAUUGAAUUAUCGUCUUCCCUUGAAACCAAAAUCAAGUUAUUACAUCUGAUAAAGAACUCGUCUGGACCGUCCGAACACUUGGAAUUGAAAUUAACGAGAGCGGAAUUCGAACAUCUUGUCGCUGAAUUGAUCGAAAAAACCGUAGCUCCGUGCCAAAAAGCUUUACAAGAUGCUAAAGUUACCAAUUCUGAUAUCAGUGAAGUUUUAUUGGUCGGUGGUAUGACCAAAAUGCCGAAGGUGCAAUCUACGGUACAACAGAUCUUUGGUAAAAAACCUAGUCUAGCUAAGAACCCCGAUGAGUGCGUUGCUAUUGGGGCAGCUAUCCAAGGAGGUGUUUUAGUUGGGGAUGUUACCGAUGCCGUUAUUGUGUCUGAUGCUGAAAUUCAAGUUUGCCAGGAUGAUCCUAAAAUUGCUAGCGAUAACAGCCAAGAGCAUACCGUAAUAAAGUCAUUAGAUGAUCGAAGAAAAGAAAUCAACAAUACGAAAGAUUAUAUACAAACUUUGAAAAAAAAGAACGCUCCAUUGGAAGAUAGGUACUUUUUCCUGAAAGAGAAGAACGCUUUCCUGGAAGAGAGGAACGCUUACCUGGAAGAUAUAUGGAUAGAGGCCGUUAUUGGAGUGGAUGCAAACAGGUUCUUUCCUCCCCCACCUCCCCGUUGUGUGGCGUACAAAAAGGCUGAAUGGGACCAAAUUAUGAACUAUUCAAAUUGUCACAGCGAAGAAACUGAAUCGGAGGAAGAUGACGCUCCAUCGGAAGAAAUGAGCGAUUCGGAGGAAAAUGUCGCCGUAUCAGAAGAACUGAGCGCUUCGGAGGAAUAUGUCGCUCUAUCAGAAGAACACAGCGCACUAUUGGAAGAAAUACGCGCUCUACAGGAAAAAAUGGCCGCUCAAUUGGAAAAAACGGCCGCUCAAUUGGAAAAAAUUGGCGAACUAUUGGAAAAAAAUAACGCUGAAUACGAGAAGAGGAACGCUUACCUGGAAGAGAACAAUGCUUACCUGGAAAAUGCAUUGUUAGAGACCGUUCUUGGAGCGCAAGCUCUCGGCUACAUGAACUUGGAUCCGUUAGCCGCCCGAAGUAUGGCUUAUAAAAUUGCCGCAAGCCAUAAAAGUAGAUAUUUUGUUGAUAGCUUUGAUUGUUACUUCGACAUUUAGUUAUGAGUGAAUGUAGGUAAUUUUUAUUAGGUACUGUUUUUUUUUCAUUUUUCAAUUGUGUCAGCUUUCAAAUUUCAAUAAAAGUUAUCAAUUUUGGUGCUUU